UGUCAGGUUAUCAUCAUGGGAGCCACUAAUCGUCCUCAAGACCUGGACUCUGCUAUUCUGAGGAGGAUGCCGACCAGGUUUCACAUCAACCAGCGAGUAUGGGCCAGAGAGAGCAGAUCCUCAAACUCAUCCUGGAGAACGAGAGCGUGGACCACUCGGUCAACCUUGUUGACGUCUCCAGGGAAACGGAUGGUUUUUCAGGAAGUGACCUCAGAGAGAUGUGUCGUGACGCUGCUCUGCUCUGCGUCCGAGACUUUGUCCACGCUCAGAACGACAGUCCCACGGAGGACUUCAUCCGUCCCAUCCAUCAGUCAGAUCUGCAGAAGGCCGUCGGGAAGAUGAAGAAAUCUAAGAUGGCGGGCGGACACGGAGGCCUGCUGCACGCUGCUCUGGACUGAGAGACACACAGAGAGACACACACACACAGACACACACAGACAUAUACAUACACACACACAGACACACACACACA